UCAGUCCGGACUCAAGCGGAAACACAAAUUGUGUUUCCGUCUGAGAGGGAACGUGAGUCCGGCCACAAGUGAGGGACCAGAACUGUCUGCAGAGUCUACGCGAUGGAAAACGUUUGCGUUGAAAGUUUAAUCCUGAAACUCCACGAUGUGAACGCGGUGAAGUUCGGAGAGUAUAAACUGAAGAGCGGCAUGAUGACGCCCAUUUACAUCGACCUCAGGGUUCUGGUUUCCCACCCUGCGCUCAUGAAUCAGGUGGCCAGUCUAAUCUACCAGCGAGUCCAGGAUGAAGGGCUGCAGUUUGACUCCGUGUGUGGGGUUCCGUACACAGCCCUGCCUCUGGCCACAAUCAUCUGCUCCAGGCACGAGCUGCCCAUGCUCAUCAGGAGAAAGGAGGCCAAGGACUAUGGAACCAAGCGUCUGGUGGAAGGCUCCUAUCAGGAGGGAGACAUAUGUCUGAUCAUAGAGGACACGGUGACCAGCGGCAGCAGCAUCUUGGAGACCGCUGAAGUGCUCUACAAAGAGGGGCUGAAGGUGACAGACGCCAUCGUGCUGAUGGACAGAGAGCAGGGCGGCGUGGCGAUGCUGGCGUCGCAGGAAAUCCGGCUCCAUCCCAUCAUCUCCAUGUCCAAGCUGCUCAACGUGCUGCUGGCGGCCGAACGCAUCGACGCCCGAACCGCCCAGAGCGUCCGUAAAUUCAUCCAGGACAACAACACCUACAGCCCCAAGGAUGAGAACGGCAGCGACGUUCCUGCCACCAAGAAGCCAUGUAUGGAACAGACCCAGGAGCUGAGCUACGCAGACAGAGCCAAGCUACCAAAUGUUCACCCUCUGGCGUCAAAGCUGCUGAAGAUCAUGGAGGAGAAGGAGUCCAACCUGUGCGUGUCUGCUGACGUGACCAGCGGCGACGAGCUGCUCCAGCUAGCCGACAGUCUGGGCCCCAAAGUCUGCAUGCUCAAGACCCACGUCGACAUACUCGAGGACUACACCGCGGCCGUCGGCCGGGAUCUGCAGGCUUUGGCCGAGAAACACAACUUCCUCAUCUUUGAAGAUCGCAAGUUCGCAGACAUUGGGAACACAGUCAAGCAUCAGUACGAAGGCGGUUUGUACCGGAUCUCAUCCUGGUCCCACAUAGUGAAUGCUCACGCGGUGCCGGGGCCCGGGGUGCUCAAGGGACUGGGCGCUGUAGGAAAGCCACUGGGCCACGGCUGUUUGCUCAUUGCACAGAUGAGCUCCCAGGGUUCACUGGCUACUGGUGAAUACACCAAGGCUGUGCUGAACAUGGCAGAACAGCACUCGGACUUUGUGAUAGGAUUUAUCUGUGGCUCUAAGAUCGCAAAGAGGCCAGAGUUCAUCCACAUGACCCCUGGGGUGCAGCUACAGGCCGGAGGUGAUGCGUUAGGCCAGCAGUACACCACCCCAGAGGACGUCAUCCAGAUAAAAGGCUCUGACGUCAUCAUCGUGGGCCGGGGCGUCCUGGAAGCCCCUGAUCGGCUGAAAGCUGCUGAAUUAUACAGACAAUCAGGCUGGGAUGCAUAUAGAAAGAGAAUGGGUCACACUGGAAAGUAGGGGGUCAGAAGCUGGAGCAACAGGAAUAGUCCCUAAUAAGCACCUUCUUAUAAGAACCAAAGUGUAUUUACAUACUACCACAUGUGUCUGUGCGUUACACUGCACUCCCCCAUCAAAUCGCACACCUGCUUGUGGACCAGCACACGGUUUUCUUAGCUGCCAGGUGUUGCUGACUGUUGCUGUUGCCUCUGACUUAUUAAUAUGCUGCUUUAAUUGUGCUCUUCCCAAUCCCACCUGUCAAUAGGCAUCGCAGCCUCACCUGUCCUCUGAUCUGCUGAGGGAACCAGUUUAUCACUGGUUUGGGGAAAUGUGUAAAUAUGUUUUUAGAGUUAAAUCCUCCGAUCUAUGCAGGGUGGCAUGGAAUAGGGACUUAUGAAGAACUGGCCUUUGAAUCAAGGUGUUUUAAUAGUUUUGUUCUUUUUUUUACCACUUACUGCUUCCAGUGAAGCCUUCCUUGGUUAAACGUCUAGCGUUCCUGUUUAAUUUUGGUUCACUUUAAUUUUUUCACAAGCCAUCAAUGUUGUGCCAUCAAUUUUGAUCUGUAAUAAAUAAGUAGCGCUACUAUAAAUAAACAUUAUUAACGUACGUAACAACGUAUUAAAUAA